AUGGAGGAGGGCAGCUUGGAAGCUGCAUUGGCGCAGGCGAAGGGUCAGAAGGACGUGGACGUCCACGUGUUGAAGCAGGAAGCAGCCACGGCUUUGCUCCAAGCUGCCCAGGACGGAAGCCUCGAGAAGGCUUUUGCCGAAGUGAAGUCGGAGCCGCAGCAGGAGCUGGAAUCUCUUCGAAUGGCGGCUGCAGAGACAUUGUUGAAGGCGGCGGUGGACGGCAGCCUGGAGCAGGCACUGCGCGCAGCUCCAAGGAGCGGGGCUUCAGGCAUUACGUCCGCCGGGACUUCCGAACUGGGCGACCUGGCCACGGACCUGGUGCAUGCUGCCUGCCAAGCUGCCGAGACCCCGCAAGGGCCGCUGUCAGUGGUGUUUUCGCAGGAGCCAGUGGACGAAGAUUCGCUGUCAAAGGCCACCAAGCCUGGCGACCAGGGCAAGGACAUCGAGGCCAUCCGACAGGCCGCAGCACGCUCGCUACUGAAGGCUGCCGAGGCUAACCAGCUCUUCAUCAGCAAACUCGCGAAGCCCGAGCGGAUCGCCAAGGCAUUGCCCCAAGCCAUCAUGGAUACCCAUCUCGCCAUCGAGGACACUGAGGAAGAGAACACGGGACAGUUAGAUUAUGGAGGCCAACCAUAA